AUGCCUGGCGAUAUCAACCUUUAUGUGUCCAAUGGCACAUGUUAUAUUGGACAGAACGAGCAGGCUGACAAGGCCAUGAUCCCCUGCGGCAACGCUGCCAACGAGCAUGCUGCAUGUUGCCAGGCUGGAGACAACUGUCUCGAGAGCAGCGUCUGCUUCAACAUCGACUUUGGCGUCACAUAUGUUUCUGGGUGCACCGAUCCUGCCUACAAGCACCCCAGCUGCCCUCCCAAGUUCCUCUACCAGAUGAUACCAGCGACGCCCUGGCUGGGUCUUUCUUACUGCAACGGCACAAGCGACGAGUGGGUGCUCUGUGAUCAGGCGCAGCACCCGAUUACCCUGACCGAGCCCGAUGCAUGCUGGUGUCCCAAGGACGAAGACGACCGAACAGCCACGCUGUCCCAGUCCUCCGUCAUCCCUGGUACCGCAUCGCUGCCGACCAAGAUACUGGGAAGCAUCCAAUUCAGCGUGGGUCAUUACCCAACACUGAACCCAGGCCAAGAGACGACCCCGACCACGGCAAGCGAUGCAGCAACAGGUCAAUCCUCCUCUGCCCUGACCAACUCCCCAGCCACACCCACAGCACAAACCACCGCAACCGACCUCGCCGCACCUCCCGACCAAGCCAACGAGACGGGCCCCAGCCCCAGCCCGAGCGCAAAGAUAGGCGCCAUCGCAGGAGGAGUGGCCGGUGCCCUCGUACUGCUGCUCCUCCUUGUGGGCAUCAUGUGCCUCCGCCGCCGCCGGACCAAGAAGCGCCUACAGCAGCAGGAGGAGGACCGCCGCGUGGAGAACUUCAUGAACGAGGGCGUCACCAUGAAGGGCGGCUCGGCCACGGACCCGGACCCCGACCCGCUCAACCUGGGGAUCGGCAUCGCACACGGGGGAUUGUCGCCGUCGCCGAGCAGCGUCGACACGUCGGCGGUGUCUGAGCUCGACUCGAGGGCCGCGCGGCCGUGGUCACUGCGCUCGGAGCUGGGGAACAACAACAACAACAACAACAACCACGCCUCAUCGCGGGGCUCGUCCAGCACAGCUGGUGGGUCUCAUGGUGAGGCGGCGAGGCGUGCGCCGAGCGAGUUGGCUGCGCAUCCCAUUGCUGAGUUGCCUGGAUGA